AUGCCGAGUCUAGGCUCUUUCCUCAAGAAAAAGCGGACGAGGGACGACAAGGCCGAUCCCUCCUCUAGCCAACCAACUAGUCCGGUGACGCCAACAACCCCGACAAUCUCCCAGAGUUUUGAGAGCCAGCACACGCAAUCUACUGCCCGAACGACGCCCGGCAGCUCGGCCUCGCAUGCGAGGAAACCGUCUUCCCAACAACGAAACGCAUCUUACGAGGUACAAAAACCUGCUUCGGCAGGUGCUGGCCAACAAAUGAACGUUGUCCAAGGACAUCAAAGCCAGCAGCACCACCCUUAUGGUAUCCAGCAAUCUCCUAGUCCAGGGCAUGCUGGAACACCAUCAAGUUUGCCCAGCAUCAACAAUAUAAUCAACAUGCCGCAGAAUGACGGUGCUGCUCAAAAUGGCGGCCAACCUCAACCUCCACCUCAACAACAACAACAACAACAACAACAACAACAACAGUCUCAGCACCAACAGCAUGGGCAACAACAAUUCUCCCCACCAUCGUCAGACUCAAGGGUGACAAAGGGAAAAUAUUCCCUCGCAGAUUUCGAAAUCCAAAGGACACUGGGCACGGGAAGUUUUGGACGUGUGCAUCUGGUGCAGUCAAAACACAAUCAACGUUUCUAUGCUGUCAAGGUACUCAAAAAGGCGCAAGUGGUGAAGAUGAAGCAAGUCGAGCACACCAAUGAUGAACGUCGUAUGCUUGGGGAAGUCAAGCAUCCCUUCCUCAUUACCCUGUGGGGAACGUUCCAAGACUCGAGGAAUCUGUACAUGGUCAUGGACUUUGUCGAGGGUGGAGAGCUCUUCUCGUUGCUGCGGAAGUCUGGACGGUUUCCUAACCCCGUAGCAAAAUUCUACGCUGCCGAGGUCACUCUAGCACUGGAAUACUUGCAUGAAAGACACAUCAUAUAUAGAGACCUGAAACCAGAAAACUUACUUCUGGACCGCCACGGCCACCUCAAGAUAACAGAUUUUGGUUUCGCGAAGCGGGUGCCUGACAAGACCUGGACAUUGUGCGGUACUCCUGACUACCUGGCUCCAGAAGUUGUCAGCAACAAGGGCUAUAACAAAUCGGUUGACUGGUGGUCGCUCGGCAUCUUGAUCUACGAGAUGUUGUGCGGGUACACGCCGUUCUGGGACAGCGGGUCGCCGAUGAAGAUCUAUGAAAAUAUUCUGAAGGGCAAAGUCAAGUAUCCGCAAUAUGUCCAUCCAGAUGCGCAUAACCUUUUGGAGCGACUGAUCACGCCGGAUCUGACCAAACGACUGGGCAACCUGUACGGCGGACCGCAAGACGUUAAAAAUCAUCCUUGGUUUGCGGAAGUUACGUGGGACCGUUUAUCGAGGAAAGACAUUGACGCUCCAUACACUCCGCCUGUGAAGGCCGGCGCCGGUGACGCGAGUCAAUUCGACAAGUAUCCCGAAGAGACUGAAAAGUACGGCCAGAGCGGCCAUGAUGAAUUUGGACAUUUGUUUAGUGACUUUUGA